AAAAUGAAAAUAUUAGCUUUUAUGUAGCAGACCAGCAUUUGGAGCGAAAAUCACACUGUGCGCAAUGUGUGGUCACCUGCUGCUGCACUGUGUUUUUUGACGUUUCGUUCGUUACAACAUGUGGAAAAUGUGGAAGGAAUUACGGUUGAUUGGCGGUUUCGUCAGGCAAAGAAGAACGGUCCCCCAAAUAUUGCCUUCCGUGCAUUAUCGUUUGUUUAGUUCCAGCCCUGCCCAAAACGAAAGCGAACCAUUCUUUAUUUAUGAUAAGGACCCGGCACCAGCAUUCAUGCGGGACGAUGUGCAACAGCUCCUUAAGUCGAUCACACGCCUGGAACUGGACAAAGUUUUCCGGAAACGCUCUGUAAAAGACAACACUGUCGAGUAUCGCUUUAUGACCGAUGAACAGCUACGACAGGAGCUGCUGACAUCGAUCGGAGAAGCUCAAAAAAUGCUGCAGAUGCCACCAGUCGUACAGGAGCAGAAAGACAGCUGUAGAGUAAUAUCGAAGGACGGUGCAUUGAAGGCGCUGUCUACGUCGAAGUUCGUUUUUACCGACAUUACGUACGGAUUGAAGAACAGUCAGCGAUCCAUUGUGGUGCGCCAUCCUGAUGGCACCCUGCAAGAAGCACCGUACGAGAUGAGAAAGCGGUUGAAUCAGAUUUACUUCCCGCUUACUGGUCGCUCCAUCCAUCAGCCACCAAUGUUCGAUCACGUGCAUUUGCAGCGGCUACUGGAAGAAGGCAAGUACGAAUUUAUCCUAGACCGAGCCUGUGUGCAGUUUGAGCCAUACGAAAAAGAUUACCACCAAAUCACGGCCAACGUUUACCAGCACAUCAACGAGAACCGAGCAUUCGACGCAUUACGGUCGACGCGUCAUUUUGGUCCGUUUGCGUUCUUUCUUGCCUGGCACAAACUUAUCGAUGAUCUGCUACUUGAUAUAGUCAAGCAGGACUAUCUACGAAACGGGAUUGAGCUGAUCGUGCUCUUCUCAACGUUGCAUGGUACUGCGCUGGAUGAAAACGUGAAACAAAUCGCACUACAAACCCAAAUGCCCAGCCUAUUCGAUGCGCCGGAAAAGUCAAUCGAUGAGCUGAAACAAGACGACCAAUUCCUGUCCAUAAUUGAACAGUUUGUGAACGAGCAUGCUACUAAGAAGGUACAACUCAACCUCGCCGUACAGGGAUACCGAGAAAUGGCUACGGAGAAACUUCGACUUGCAGAGGGCAUUAGGCGAAUGCAUGGUGAGAGCUGAGCGGACGGGUGUGCUACGAAAUGUGGUCGAGUGUAGUACGUUAAAAUAAAACGAAGAAAAACAAUA